UUAUCGCUAGCAUAAGGACCGGGUUCCGCGUGCCCAGUCAGCGUCUGAGUGGAGCCGGAAACGCACCUGUCGGGAGGUUGCAGGUGAAUCAAGAGUUUGGAUACAGACAUUUCGACGGACUACACGGAUUUUCAUUGUGUCAGCUGCACUAAAAGGUGAACUACAAGGAUCUGCUCUGAAAAAUGGAAUUUGAUAAUAUUAAGUCUUCUGCUGCACUCAUUUAUGAUGAGUUCAUCCAAAAUGCAGACUCGCGGACGGAGGACUGGCUGCUCAUGUCGUCUCCUCUCCCCCAAACAAUCAUCAUUGCAGCGUACAUUUACUUUGUCACAUCGCUGGGGCCACGAAUAAUGGAGAACCGCAAAGCCUUUGACCUCAAAGGAGUCCUCAUCCUCUACAACUUCAGUGUGGUCGCUCUCUCGCUCUACAUGUGCUAUGAGUUUGUGAUGUCAGGAUGGGGAACAGGAUACUCUUUUCGCUGUGAUCUGGUUGAUUACUCAAAUUCACCACAGGCCAUGAGGAUGGCAGCAACAUGCUGGCUUUACUACUUCUCAAAGUUCAUUGAGAUGCUGGACACGAUUUUCUUUGUACUGAGGAAGAAGAACAGCCAGGUGACAUUCCUUCAUGUCUACCAUCACUCCAUCAUGCCCUUCACCUGGUGGUUUGGUGUCCGUUUUGCUCCAGGUGGACUAGGGACAUUCCAUGCUCUGCUUAACUGCGUUGUUCAUGUUAUCAUGUACACCUAUUAUGGGCUGACUGCCAUGGGCCCCAAGUACCAGAAGUACCUGUGGUGGAAGAAAUACCUCACUACCAUUCAGCUGAUCCAGUUUGUUAUGGUGACCAGCCACAUCUGUCAGUAUUUCUUCAUCAAAGACUGCCCCUACCAGUUCCCCAUCUUUGUCUACAUCAUUGGCCUGUACGGCCUGAUUUUCCUGUUUCUCUUCCUCAACUUCUGGUACCACGCCUACACCAAGGGCAAGAGGCUACCUAAAGUGCUGCAGGCUCAGACUUGGGCACAUCACACCAACGGAGUCAUGAAUGGAAACGCCGGUCAUGAAAAAGAUGAGUGAUGCAGGACUUGGGUUUAUCAGGGGUUUCGGGGUAGACCUCAAUUACGUAAGCAGACCACUGUGGUAAUCUCAAGAUUUAACCUCGGUUUGUUUUGACUGUUUUUUUUGAUUGCUUUUUUUUUUUUUUUUACAUGUAACUGCAAAAGACAAUCUUUAAAUUAUGACCAAAGUUAUAUUUAAGACGUUUAUUGAACCAAGCUGAAGGGUUUUAUUGAACUUUUUUGUUUAUACUGAAGGUGAACCCCAAGUUCUAUGGCGAUUUCCAAACUAUCCAUCCUUUUCUGCUGCACUAUGGCUAAAAAAAACUAUUUCAAGUCUCCACCAUUUACACUGAUUAUGAGACUUCGCCUAUGGCCAGACUGCAAGGCCGUCAGCUGUACAGCCAUACUGGGCCUCCUCAAAAAGCUUCUAACUCUAAGAUCAUUUUAUUUAUCUUUGUGACUUGAUCUUACCUCUCAGAAGACUUUAAGGAAAUCCAGUUUAGUUUUUUUUUUUUUUUUUUAAAGUUGUGCACUGAAAAGUUAAAGGUUGUUUAUUUCACUAGGCCUAACAUGUUAUUUAAAAAAAACCCAAAACAAAACAGCGUUAAGGUCUUUGUUAAAUGGUUACAUGCGUGCAGAGCAGGGGUUUUUGUAAAUUUUUUGAAAACACAUGCAUGCCCACAUCUCUAUGGCUUGAGUCACAGGUGCUGCUGAUGGUACAGACAUUCAGUGAAAAGUGGUAUCAAUUACUCUCCUGACUUUAUUCUCCAAUGAAGCAAUGUUGUGACAGAGAUAUCUGAGAGGAAGCCUGACAGACCACUAUGGUUCUUAUAGGAUCCAGAGCAGAGCUUUAGCUACAGUCUUACUACUUUUUUACUGAGACGUACUGCAAAAUAAAACUGUUACAGAACACAGUACACACGAUUACAUCGGUUUCACUAUUUAGCUAUUGAGGCAGAAAAUGAGCAGCCUUUCUUGUCUACUUUUUUGAAUAUUAUGCUUUAUGUUGAAACUCUGUGGCUAACAAGGUCUUGACAUGGCUGGAGUUGGUGCCUUUGGACUUAGCUCUGUGGAGUAGUUUUAUAACCGGUUAUGAUGAUCUUAAACUGAGAAGUGAAUGUAACACUCUGCUCCUCUGGUGACUGAGGACACAGGGUCUAGCUUUGUGUGGAAAGAGUUCCACCGUUUUUAUUCAGGUGAAAACCCAUGUUGACACUAAAGGUUUACAGAUAUCUAAUAUGCGUAACUGUGAGUGAACUUUUUGUUUUCAAUUUCUUUUUGAAUUCCUCCUUAUACCAAUGAAUAAAACUGUAAAAUAUGUGACAUGGAAUGUUUAUAUUGUUUUAUAUGUAUUUAUAUAAAAAUAAAUUGUCAAUAUACCUUGAA